UUGGCGCGGGAGGCGUCCAACGGGCUUGGGCGGGUCAGGGUACCUGCGCGGGACCAAGCGGGAACCUCCGCGCAGCGGCUGGGGAAGCGCGGGGCGGCGGCCGACAUGUUCCAGGGUGCGGACGGCCAGGCUGGCGGGUCCGGCUCCAGAUCCAUGAAGCCCCCAGGAGGAGAAUCAAGCAAUCUUUUUGCAACUCCAGAAGAAGCUAUUCCUUCAAGCAAGCCUAAUAGGAUGGCAUCUAAUAUUUUUGGACCAACUGAAGAACCUAAAAACAUACCCAAGAGGACAAAUCCUCCAGGAGGCAAAGGAAGUGGUAUCUUUGAUGAAUCGAUUCCUGUGCAGACUCGACAGCGUCAAAACCCACCUGGUGGGAAGACUAGUGACAUAUUUGGGUCCCCAGUCACUGCCACUGCGCCUCUGGCACACCCAAACAAGCCCAAGGAUCAUGUUUUGCUCUGUGAAGGUGAAGACUCUAAAUCUGACCUGAACGCUACAACAAACUUCGCACCCAAAGGAGACCAGAGUGAGAAGGGAAGCUCAAAAGAAGCAGACCAUGCCAAGAUACCAGAGCCUACACCUACGGUUGACAGUCAUGAGCCCAGACUGGGACCACGACCUCGUUCCCAUAACAAGGUCCUGAACCCACCAGGAGGCAAAUCCAGCAUCUCCUUCUAUUGAGAGGCUCCAGCUCUGCCUGUAAUCAGACCAGACACUCAGAGAUAGGGUGCCAAAUGUUAGUGCUUCCUUUAACCCAAAUGAGUCGGGGUGGGAGAGGGUUUGUCAUGCGUGUGGGAGAGGGUUUGUCAUGCGUGUGGGAGAGGGCUUGUCAUGCGUGUGGGAGAGGGCUUGUCAUGCGUGUGGGAGAGGGUUUGUCAUGCGUGUGGGAGAGGGUUUGUCAUGCGUGUGGGAGAGGGCUUGUCAUGCGUGUGGGAGAGGGCUUGUCAUGCGUGUGGGAGAGGGUUUGUCAUGCGUGUGGGAGAGGGUUUGUCAUGCGUGUGGGAGAGGGCUUGUCAUGCGUGUGGGAGAGGGUUUGUCAUGCGUGUGGGAGAGGGUUUGUCAUGCGUGUGGGAGAGGGUUUGUCAUGCGUGUGGGAGAGGGCUUGUCAUGCGUGUGGGAGAGGGCUUGUCAUGCGUGUGGGUUGGCUGCUCAUGGGUCUUGUUGCCAUUGGAAAAGUGGCAGAGAGGACUGUGCCUUCCACACUGCUAAGAUACACAUCUGUGGGGAUAAAAUGGGAUGUUCUUAUGCUUCCUCUCUAGUUGGUCUGUGUAGAACAGUAAGGUUCUGGGGAGGGCAGAAGAGAUGGUACCCAUUAGCAAAAGGAUCACUAGGGUCUGUCUUGUCCUUGUAUCAGCAGUCUGCUGGCUUUUGGGCAUGUAAGAAUGGUUUGAUCGGAAAAUAAAACCCAGUCUACCUGUCCCUCACUGUGGGAUGGAGUAGAAACACAUAAACAGGAACUCUUAAAGACAGAGUGCAGUCUACAUAACCUCUCCUUUCAGGGAAUGCCUAUCGCCAAAAUGUUUCCACCUCUGAGAUUACCUCUGAACCCUAGUGUCUCCUCCCCUUUCUUCCCCUCAGUACAUCACCCUAUAGUGUUGGAACAUGACUGAUCUUUUUGGUAGCAGUCAACAGAAAAUCAAACAGUUAUUCUAAGUCUUGUCCUGAAUGGAAGGUUUUAUACCCUGAUCCUCUGAAUUGUCUCCUUCCUGCACCUAAAACCGUGGCUAGGUCUAGGUAGCAGCCUGUCUUCCUCUGUGGUUGGCUUGGUUCCUGUCAUGCCAGAUUUGCAUGUGGGUUGUUCCUUUUGUUUCUCUCAUAAGCCUUAAGUCUGGGCCUUAGUUCCUCACCUGUGAGGGGGCUCUUGCUGUCCAUGGUUCUCCUAUACAUACGGUCUCAGGCCUCUGCAGGACUUAAAAAACUACUCUGAUAUGUCUGGGUAUUGGGUGAAUGAAUUCUUGGUUUCCCUGUCUUGCUUUGUUCCUGUAGUUGAGAGGAAGAUCUGCUGAAGGAUACUGGGAUGGAUGGGUUUCUUUACCAGUCUGCAGAGGUUUCUUAUGAAUACCCAUGUGGCUUCCUAACACCUAGAAAAACAUCACUGUGGUCCACCAAAGCAGAGGAGCUGCUUCCGACUUCUCAACCUUGCUCAUAAACAGUGCUCCUUGGGCCUGGGUCUUAUGCGUUUUGGUAAUAAGGCUGCAACUGUCAUUUGGCAGCAGAGAUAGUGGGCUCCAGUCAUGCUGCUGCCAGUUAUGUUAUUUCAUAUUGGGCACAUGUCCCUCCUGGUCAGCCCUCAAGGGCUGCAAACAUAGCUCCUUCUUUUCCGCUUCCGGUGGGCAUCUGUAAAAAUGGCUAAGUGGUGCUGCUUUUAUUUCUAGUGCCUACAGAGCUUCAUAGCAGAUGCCAGAAAUGCCCUCGUUAAAUUUUGGAAAGCAAAAAUUUGCAGUCACACUUAUAUUGACCUAGAUGCUUAAGUGCCUGCAGGAGCCACCUGCCAAGUCCUGUUUCCUACACCUGGUUCAUUGAAAGUUCUGACCAUGGCUUUGUCAACCAAAGAGUUUUUCCCCUUCAGUUGCCCUGUAUCCUGAAGCUAAAAAACAUGUAUUACAUGUGUGUAAUUCUGUAACAACUCAAAUGGUUUGUGGUUCAGUCAUGAGGAUGUCAUUUGGAAUUCAGAGCAUUUUUUCCAUUUAAGAAAAUGUCAUAAAUGUUUGCUUUAUUUAGCCCAGACACUAAUGUCUUUAACUUAUAAGGAAAUAAUACAAUGAUAGAAAUAAACCUUUUGUAACUGCUUUCUUAAGUAGAAAAUGAUUUGUGAAUUCCAAAUUGCAUUGUCAAGAAGGAAUCUGACAUCACUGUGCUGGCCCUGCGAUUAGCCCAGUGAGAGAAAAGCUCCAAACGCCACUUGCUGGCCUGGGUGGCUGAGAGGAUACGGGGCCCUGAGACAGUGACUCACAGCAACUGCCUUAUUCAACUCCCCUGUCUUUCUGUCUCUUUCUCUGAAGCUGGGCUUAGCACAUGGGCUUUCUGCCUCCUGGGAGGAGGAACUGCCCAGCUAAAUCCAAUGUUACACAGAAGUUACACAGUUAUCACUUGCAUUAAGCCUUAAGUGCAUUUGGUGCCAACAUUUUUCUAGCACUAUGUCAGCAAGAAACCUGUCCUUACAUCAUAAUGUAAUUUUGAUAGUAAUGUUUUGUUAUUUUUAUGAGGCAGAAAUGGGUAUAAUGGUUGGAUUAAACUUAGUAACCACA